AUGACCCUUCAUCUGAAAACCAGCGCUCGGCUCUUUGACCUGCACGGCACCGUGGGCCUCACAGACUGGGACCUGGACAAGGAGCUGAAACUGGCAACCAUCUCCGACCAGUUUUACCACGAUGAGAAACUGGUGGACCAGUACGUGGUGCAGAGGCCGUCGGUCAGAGCCUCCAGGAGGAAAGAUGAAUUUGUUUUCUACGAUAAGACCUCGGACACCUUUGUGAAGCCGAGUCCGUGGCUGCUGGUGAAUCCAAACAUCGUCUGCCCGAUGCAACACGGACCGAGUGCAGCAGAUCAUCAGCUUUCCUGCGAACCUGCUGAGGAAAACCAAACGUCUCUGCUGAGUCCUGCAGACAAACCACAGGUACUGUUUAUACAAAGUGUUUUCAAGAUCAAGGAUGAAGACGUCUCCCGUCGACCGGCCAAGAGCAGGCGCAAGGGGAGGACCACCAAAGUCAGGGACAGUAAGAACCUGACGCCAGAGUGCUGGCCCCGCCCCCCGGUGAAUUACUGCAUCCUCAUCGCUCUGGCGCUCAACAGCAGCCACAGCGGGAGCCUGAAGGUCCAGCAGAUUUACAACUUCAUCAGGGAGCACUUCCCCUUCUUUCAGACGGCUCCGGACGGCUGGAAAAACACCAUCCGACACAACCUGUGCUUCAGCAACAGCUUCCGCAAAACCUGCAACCAGCUGCGCCGAGACGAGAAGAGGAAGUCGUGCUUCUGGCACCUGACGCUGGACGGCCAGCGGCGGCUGCACGACGAGGUCCGGACGCUGACGGGCGAGUCGUCCAAGCAGCUGGAGAGGAGCAUGUCACACCCGGAUAUAAUUCAGAGUUUACUCUAG